GGGAACCAGCGGACUGCUGAGUCACUAUGCAGACACUAAUACUUGGCGUGGUUGUGUUUGUUCUAUUCUGUUUCUCAGAGUCUGAAUCUUCCCCUACCGUUGACUUGCUUGUUAAGGGAGCACUUGUUAAGGGAGCCCUUAUCAAAGGGGCCCUUAUCAAAGGGGCACUUCAAGGAGGGCAAUCUCGGAACAAUUGCAUAACAGUUUACAAGCAAAGAUGCAGCACAGUAAAUGAACAGCAAUGUAGUACAGUACAAGAGCAGCAGUGCCGUCCCACCACCAGGCAGGAGUGCAACACUAUUAAUGAACAGCAGUGCAACACUGUCCAGAACCAGCAGUGCAGUACAGUAAAUGAACAGCAGUGCAGUACUGUAAAUGAGCAGAAGUGUAACACAGUCAAUGAACAGCAAUGCAAAACUGUCACGGACACUGUCAACCAACAGCAAUGUAACACUGUCCAAGAACAGCAAUGCCGUCCUACCACAAGACAGGAGUGCAAUACUGUAAAUGAACAGAAGUGCGAAACCAAAUACGAUACAGUCAAUGAACAGCAGUGUAAUACAGUUCAGGAGCAGCAAUGUAAUACCGUCAACAAACAGAAAUGUAACACAGUCAAUGAACAGGUCUGCAAUACUGUUCAGGAACAGCAGUGCAGAACUGUAACAGAUACUGUCAACGAACAAAAAUGCAGCACAGUAAAUGAACAGCAAUGUAAUACUGUUCAGGAACAGCAGUGCUCUAUCAUCAAUGAACAGGAAUGUAACACUGUCCAAGAACAGAAGUGUUCAACAAUUAAUGAACAGCAAUGUAACACUGUCCAAGAACAGAAGUGUUCAACAAUUAAUGAACAGCAAUGUAACACUGUCCAAGAACGAAAGUGUCAGACCAUCACUGAUACCGUCAACGAGCAAAAGUGCACUACCGUCAGCGAGCAGAGGUGUUCAACUAUCAACGAACAGGUUUGCAACACUGUCAAUGAGCAAGUAUGUAACACUGUCCAAGAACAGCAAUGUCGAACUGUUACUGACACAGUAAAUGAACAACAAUGCAGCACUGUAAAUGAGCAGGUUUGUAAAACAAUCUACGAUGAGGUUUGCGACAGUGCUCAGCCCUCUUAUGGAGGAGAUGACCCAUUUGUAGGAGAUGCUCGAGGUUCAGGAUCUAAAUCAGUAUCUGCACUCUACGGAGCAGCUUCAGCCCCAGCUUGCAGACAAGUUGCCAGGCAAGAAUGCACCAGUGUUCCUAAGCAACAAUGUACAAUUGUGCCACGAUCAGUUCCAAGACAGGAGUGCAACAAUGUUCCAAAGCAACAAUGCAGAAGCGUUCCCAAACAGUCCUGCAAAAAUGUGCCAAGGCAGCAAUGUACCAAUGUUCCAAGGCAACAGUGCAACAACGUUCCUCGCCAGGUUCAAAGGCAGGAGUGCUCUAUUGUGCCCAGACAGGAAUGCAGAAAUGUUCCAAGACAACAGUGUCAGAAUGUUCCCAGGCAAGAAUGCAGAAGUGUUCCCAGACAACAGUGUCGCAAUGUUCCUAAGCAGCAGUGCCGUUCUGUUCCUAGACAGCAAUGUCAGAACGUUCCUAGACAGAUCAGCAGGAAUGAGUGUUCCAGUGCUCCCAAACAGCAAUGCAAGAAUGUUCCAAGGCAACAAUGUAGGAAUGUUCCGAAGGAAGAAUGCAGAUCAGUUCCAAGACAGCAAUGCAGAAAUGUUCCAAGACAGGUUGCAAGAGAGCAAUGUAGAAAUGUUCCCAGACAACAGUGCCGUUCAGUUCCUGAUCAGGAGUGCUCAACGGUUCCCAGAGAGAAAUGUCAGAAUGUUCCAAGACAAGUCCAGAGACAGGAAUGUAAGAAUGUUCCCCGUCAACAGUGCCAAACUGUUCCCAGAGAACAGUGUCAAAGCGUUCCUAGACAAAAGUGUAUCAGCAUUCCUAGUCAACAAUGCCGCAACGUUCCAAGAGAGCAGUGUCUUAGUGUUCCUGACCAGCAGUGUUCUACUGUUCCUCGGAAGUCAUGCAGGAAUGUUCCUCGUCAGCAGUGCCAGCAGGUCCCUAGUCGACAGUGCUCAGCUGCUCAAUCGUCAUAUGGCAGACAUCACUAAAAGAAUCCUCACUUUUAUAGAUUAUCUCAAGUGCCUCCUUGCCUCCUCACCUUGCGAGUAUUGUUCCUCUGGCAGGCAAAUAGAAGCGUUUUUUGUUUCAGCAGUGCCAGUAGGUUCCUAGUCGACAGUACUCAGUUGCUCAACCGUUGUAUGGCAAGAAACCUCUUCACUCAACAAUUGCUUUACUUUAGUUUCUUCCCAAAUAACUCGCCUUAUGCUGCGCAUACCAUAAAUACUUUCACAGCUAGCUGUUCCCAAAUCACCAAAAUCCAUGCAGACUUAUUUCAAAAGUAUUAUUCUGAAAUUUAAAUCUUGUUUGAUCUGAAAUAUUUGCUCAGUAAGUUUUACCAUAGCCUUAUCAUGAAUAACUAAACUUUGAAUUAUAUAUCUUUUUAUACCUACAUUUAUGAUUAAGUGGCAUUAUAAAUAUACAUUUCUAAGAGAA